AUGAUCUACGCCAAGCAGGACGAUGGCCCGGCCAACAUCUUCCACGUGCUCUUACAGCUCUACGCCCACAAGCACGUCGUCGAGCAGCUCUACACGUGCUACGACGACGACGCGCAAAAGGUCGAGUUUUACAUCCCGCAGCUUUGCACGUUCCUCCUCCAUGGGCAGUACGAGAAGAAGCACCAGCUCGAGUUCUUCCUUCUCUCGCAGUGUCGCCGGUCGCUUGCGUUUGCCCACCGACUGCACUGGUUCCUCGAGUCGUUCUGCGCCAACGGCGUCUCGUACGCCUCGGAAGGCUUGAGCGCCACCAUCGAACAGCCAUCGGCCGAGAACGCGCCGUUCUUAUCGGCCAUCGAGAUGGAAGGCGGCGUGCCCGCCAAGCUCUUUAGCCUUGGCUUGACCGCCGAAGAGGUCGCGGUCGCCCCUGCCAUCGAGAAGCGUCCGCCGACGUCCGAAGACGAGCUCAAGCUCCCGUCGUCCACCGAGGCGUCGCUCGACUUGACAGCGCCCGAGGUGACCAAGGACAUGACGACGCGCCUGCGCGAGCUCGAGCUCGCAGAGGCCGCGAUUGGCUGCCGCGAACAACUGCACCUGUAUCUGGGCACGCCACAGUUUGUCAAGGCGCUCACUGACCUUGCGGACCGGCUCAUUCCGCUGCCGCUGGCCGAUCGCAAGGCGAACUUGCGCCAAGGCCUCGCCGAGAUUGAAGCCGCGCUCCUGCCGUCCUCGGUGGUGUACCUUCCGAUCGGCGACACCUUCCACCGCGUCAAGCGCAUUCUCACGGACGAGUCGUUUGCCUUCUCCACGAAAGAGCGCGUGCCAUACCUCAUGUGCGUCGAGGUCGUCGACUACGCCGCGCCCCGGGCCAAGCCGCGGAAGCGCUCGCGCCGUCGCAAGUCGUCUCGGUCCGGCGCCGACGGCUUUCGCUACACGAUGAACCUUCCGUUCAACAAGCGCGUGACGGUCGCCAUGGCUGACAACGCGUCGUCAUCGUCGUCGUCCUCGGAGCGUGACGAGGCAGCGUCGACGGCUGACGAGGCCGAUAGCACCAAGCUGGCGACCGCCACAAAGAAGAAGAAGAAAGGCGCCAAGCCGUACACGGCGGUGGCGACGGGCCACACACCGGCGGCGACGAAAUCGCCCAUAUCGACGGUGGCCAUGUUUCCCCAGCAGCACGAAGAUCCCGAGCCGAUCAAGCACAAGACGUUUAUCGUCGAGUCGCUCAAGAAGAGCAUCUCGGUGAGCAUCAAAGAAGGGCAUUCCGACUCGGACUCGGACCAAGGCGACGACGCAGAUGACGAAAACGACGCCAGCAAGAAAACAAUGGGGCAGUGGGCGCACCGCCGCAGCGGCAAAAAAAGCUCCAAAAAGCUUGCACGUAGUAGUACCAAGGGCGGCAAGAAGCCGGCGGUCGACGUCGUCGAAGAGCACGACGAGGACGAAGAGAAGACGCCGGCGGCGCCACCAACAAUCGACGUGGCGCCCCUCGGGUCGCCGAGCAGCGACUCGGACUGGGAAGACGGCGACUUUGCCGACAAGAUUGAGCGCGAUGAGCGCGUGAACGGCGACGGCGGCUGGAACGCCAACCAGUCCAAGCCCGUGAUUGUGUUUCGCGAGCGCUGGAGCGAGAAGGAAGACCGUCUGCGGGCGUCGUCGCCGUACGGGCACCUCCCGGGCUGGCGGCUCAUCCCGGUCAUUGUCAAGAGCAACGACGAUCUGCGCCAAGAGCAGUUUGCCGCGCAGCUCAUCCAGCAGUGCCACAAGGUGUUUGUCGACGCCAACAGUCCCCUCACACUGCGACCGUACGAUGUGAUCGCGACGUCGGCGACCAGCGGCUUUAUCGAAGCCGUGCCCGACACUGUCUCGCUCGACUCGCUCAAGAAGAACGACCCGGACUAUACGACCCUCUUGGACUUUUAUGUGCGCUACUUUGGCCCGCCCGACUCGAGUCGCUUCAAGCGCGCGCGGCGCAACUUUGUCGAGAGCCUCGCGGCCUACUCGAUCGUGUGCUACAUCUUCCAGAUCAAGGACCGGCACAACGGCAACAUCCUCGUCGACGCCGACGGGCACGUGAUCCACAUUGACUUUGGCUUUUUGUUUACCAACAGCCCUGGCAACAAUUUUAACUUUGAACGGGCGCCGUUCAAGCUCACGGACGAGUUUGUCGAGCUCAUGGGCGGUCCACGCAGCAGCACGUUUCGUUACUUUCGGUCGCUCUGCGUCAAGGCUUACUGGGCGCUGCACGCGUCGACGGACAAGCUCGUGCUGCUCGUCGAGAUGAUGCUCGUCAACGACCAAGCCGAGUUGCGCCUCCCGUGCUUCUCGGGCGGCAAGAAGGCGACGAUCGACGGUCUCCGGGACCGCCUCAACCCAGGGCUUGGCAAGAUUGCGUGCCAGGAGUUUGCCAACGACCUCGUGGACCAAUCACUCAACAGCUGGCGCACGCGGUGGUACGACAAGUACCAGUACUGCUGCCUCGGGAUCCUCUAA